CAAAAGGGGUAGCCUUCGUACGUCCUCUCGUUGGUUUCAUGGGACGACAAUCCCCAAAACGUAUUUUGCAUUAAAACUGCUGUUCCUCGUCUUCUGCAUUCUUCCUUUCAGGUGAGGGGGAGUGUGUUGGUGCUGCGGAUACCUUGUUCUUCAUAGGUGGUGUUUAAGAUGGUGAUUGCGUAGGGAAAGGUCAGACAAAGCUGAUUGAUUCACUUUGAAGCCUCCAGAGCUAUGUCUUCAUCAUUUCCUGUUCUUCCCUCUUCGUCAGUGUUGGCUGCCUCAAUAAAUUCCAACAUCAGAAGUGUUGGACACAUGUUUUCAACCCCUGCUGAAUGCCAUGAUGACAUCCCUUUGUCCUGUGUUUCAGAAAAAAAUUCUACAACAUUCAUUUCUCACCCUCAAGAAAGUGAUGAUAUAUCCUGGGGACCCGAUCCGUUUCAGGAUAUCCUUCAGUUUCCUGAUCAUGUUACCGUACAGAAUGAUCACGUGGAAUAUAGUGCUUCUUACAUGUCUGGUGAUGAUACCAAAACAACUGAUUACCGGGAGUGGGUUGAUCAGUUAAUGUCAGUUGAGGAUUCUCUUCAGCCAAAUUGGGGUCAACUUCUCGGUGAUGAUAAUUUAGUAGAACCUAAAUUAAAGGACACUCAGGUUUCACAGCAGCGGCAGCUUGUACCAUCUAGAGAAGUUAAUGAUCUUCCCAUCUCAGUAUCGACUGCACCACAAAAUAAGCCAAGAAUGCGUUGGACUCCUGAACUUCAUGAAGCCUUUGUGGAAGCAGUCACUCAGCUUGGUGGUAGUGAGAAGGCUACUCCAAAGGGUGUCUUGAAUCUGAUGAAAGUUGAGAGCCUUACCAUCUAUCAUGUGAAAAGCCACCUACAGAAGUAUAGAACUGCCAGAUGCAAACCUGAGUCAUCAGAAGGAAUUCCUGAGAAAAAAUUGACUUCAAUUGAAGAAAUGAAGUCUCUAGACUUAAAAACGACUAAGGGGAUUACUGAAGCAUUGCAGUUGCAGAUGGAACUCCAAAAGCGGCUGCACGAACAGCUUGAGAUUCAAAGAGAGUUGCAGAUUCAAAUUGAAAAACAAGGGAAGCGUCUUGAGAUGAUGUUUGAGAAACAGGUCAAAUUUGACGAGCCUUCUGCUCCACUAUCAAACGUAGUGCUACCUUCUCCUCCAGUUGGCAAUUUAGAGACCUCAGAUGAAGGUCAUGAAAAUUUUGGAAUCAACAGUAGCACUCCAGAAACCAUGCCUGGAGAAAGUUCCCAGGUUGCAAGCACAGAGCAAAAGGAAGAUGAUGCUAAAGUUACUGAAGAACAUGAGCUGGGAGAUGAGCAAUUUGCUGCACCACCCACAAAACGGUUGAAGAGUUUAUGAAAACAGAAUAACUCUCUAGUUUAUAAGGGCAGCUAGUGUUUCUGCUUCUUGAGAUAAUAUGCUGGAAUUUCCCUUUCUGCUAAUGACUAUGGAUUGUUUCCUUAAUCAGUGAUUUGGUUUCGAGUUUCUAUUUCUGAUCCUUGGUUUGGAGUAAGUUUUGCAGUGGGAAAUUUCACUCUAGAUAUUUGUUGUAUAUAUUUUCUUGGAAGGGAAUAUUUAGACACCGUGGAACUUCUUGAAAUAGCAUUGGAUCCAGGGUUGUUUCAACUAGAUGAUUAGAAUAUUGUACAAGGUUUGACAAACUGCUGAAUGAAGUUUAGAAAAUCUUUUCAU